AUGGCCACUAGAAACAGGACAGAAGUGACUGAAUUUGUGCUGUUGGGCUUGUCCAGCCGGCCAGAGAUGCAGCCUGUUAUUUUUGGAGUUGUGCUCACCAUGUACCUGGCGGCGGUUUGGGGCAAUACCCUGCUAGUACUUGUUGCUUGCUCAGACCCCAGGCUUCAGACCCCCAUGUAUUUCCUCCUCAGCCAGCUCUCCUUGAUUGACAUAUCUCUGACAACCAUCAUUGUUCCUCAGAUGCUGGUGCACACGCUCUCGGUAAACAGAACCAUUUCCUAUAACCGCUGCAUGGUUCAGCUCUUUUCCUUUAUGGCGGUGGGCAGUAUGGAGGUCCACUUGCUGGCUGCCAUGGCCUAUGACCGCUAUGUUGCCAUCUGUGACCCUUUAAGAUACUCUGCCAUUGUCAGCCGCAACCUCUGUCUGCGAAUAACACUGACCUCGUGGGCGGUGGUCAGCCUGAACAGUCUCCUGUACAGCGUGUUGGUCACUCGUUUAAGCUUCUGUGGCAACCAGCUCACCCACUUCUUCUGUGACAUCACUCCUCUGCUGAAGCUCUCCUGUACUCGACCUGUGGUCAAUGAGAUGUUAAUCUUCACUGAGGGUGUAGCUGUGGUGGUCAGCCCCUUUUUCUUCAUUUUUGGCUCCUAUGUCCGCAUAGGCGUGGCCAUAGCCCACAUGCACUCAGUUGCUGCCCUGCAGAAAGCGCUGUCCACCUGCAGCUCUCACGUUCUGGUGGUGAUGUUUCUCUUCGGCUCUUUGGUUCACAUGUACCUCAAGCCAUCGUCCAGCUACAAUCUAGACCAGGAUCGCCAGGUCGCCAUCUUCUACACGCUCAUUUCUCCGAUGUUGAGUCCGCUGAUCUACAGCCUCAGGAACCAGGAAGUUAAGGGAGCUCUUGGGAGGCUUUUUAGGAAACUGCUUCUCAGGAAGCGCCCAGCCUGGAUUUCAGGCAAACAAGGAAUGCCAAUGCACCUCCUGAGAAGCAAGGGUUGGUCUGCAGACACUGUAGAUGGGUGA